UUUGGCGCGCCGUAGCGACUUGCUAUACUGAAACCCUCCAGAAGAUGGCGAUAGUGCGUGCGUUGAUCGAGGAAGAGAACGAAGAAGACGGAAAGUUAGAAACAUAAGAAGAAGAAGCAGCAGAAGCAGCAGUAUCGCUUUGAUGAAAACAUAAACAAGCGGCAACACAAAUAUGUCGAUUGUCUUUGUGCCAAAGAAACUGCGAGGAAAGGCGAAAAUCAACCAAGAAACCAUACAGCGGUUGCUGGAUGAGAACGACCAGUUAAUCCGAUGCAUCGCUGAAUACAUGCAGAAAGGACGCGCGGUGGAGUGCGUGCAAUAUCAACAGAUCCUGCACCGCAACAUCGUCUAUCUGGCGACCAUCGCCGACGCCAGCCCGGACAACGGGCCUCCUCCUGCACACUCGACACCGAACGAAACCUCCGCUUCGACGCCAGCAGGGAACGGGCACGGUGCGACGUGAUGACGUCAGCUCCCGUCGGCGGCGUUUUGGAUGAGGAUGAUUUUACGUCACGCAAAAUAUAUUUAUCACAAAGAUUAUCGAGAAUUUUACGAUAGAAGGGAUUGCUGGUGCUCUCAUUCAGUUAAACUGAAGGUCUAUAUUAUGAGGAUAAAUCCUGUAAAUUCUAAAUAUUAUUUGUUUGUAUGAAAUGUAUAUAAAUGUUUUUAAUUUGU